ACACGCACUAAGCCAUUAUCGUUUGAUCUUUUGUUAUAACAAAUACUCUUGGUCCCUGGCAAAAUAUAAAGGAUACCUUAAUAAACCAUAAAAUAAUGUGGUUGGGUGGAAACCGGCCAAAGGAACGAAAGGAUUCAGAACGUGGAGCCACAUCCAUGGUCUGGCCAAGUGGCCAUCCAUCCAUAUAUAUGAUCGCCAUCUGGCUCAUUCUCCAGGAUAGCACACCUCCCUCUUCAAUUGUUGCAUUAGCCAGGAAAGAAGUCGUGCACAGUGGCAAAGCUAGGACAUUGUUGAUUCGGUGUAGUUCACCAUGAGGAAGGUGUGCGCCAACCUAGACCGGGAGGAUGGCCUCGACACAGUGCUCGAGGUGCCUGUCCCUGAGCUCUACAAGGAGCCAUCGUCGUCUGGCCACGGCCGGCGCCGGCGACGCACGGUAAAGGCAUGGGUGUGGUCGCGCAUGGAUCAGCACCACCGACGAUAUGGCGCGCUGCCUUCCCAGGCCGAUGUGCAGCUAAUGCUCGGCGUGAUCGGCGCGCCUCUAGUGCCGCAGCCCAUUGAGGCUAGGAAAGCCAUGGCCGGAGAGGACAUCAAGGAGGAGCCCCUUGAGGUGUCGAAGGCCAAGUACAUCGUGGAGCAGUACGUCGCGGCGUCAGGAGGCGAGCCGGCACUGAGCGCGGCGACGAGCAUGUACGCUGUGGGGAAGGUACUGAUGAGGGCGACAAAGGGUCAGAAAGCCAAGACGGGAAUGGGCGUGGUCCACGGCGGUGGCGACAUUGCCGGUGGCUUCGUGGUGUGGCAGAAGAGGCCGGAGAUGUGGUGCGUGGAAAUGGUAGUGGCCGGCGGCACCAAGAUGAGCGCCGGGAGCGACGGCAAAGUCGCCUGGCGCCAGACGCCCUGGCAGCAGGCCCACGCUUCACGGGGUCCCCCGAGGCCUCUCCGCCGAUGCGUGCAGGGUCUUGAUCCGAAAUCAACGGCAAACCUCUUCUCCACAGCCACGUGGGUGGGCGAGAAGACCAUCGACGGCGACGACUGCUUCGUGCUCCGCGUUGACGCCGACCCCUUGGCUCUACGCGCGCGGAGUAGCGCCGACGUCGAGGUCGUCAGGCACGCCGUUUGGGGAUACUUCAGCCAGAGGACGGGGCUGCUGGACCGCCUCGAGGACAGCCACCUGCUGCGCAUACGCAUGCAGGGCGCGUCGUCCGCCCAGACCGCGUACUGGGAGACCUCUAUGGAGUCGUCAAUCGGCGACUACCGCGCCGUCAACGGCAUCAACAUCGCGCACGCUGGCCGCACCGUUGUGUCGCUGUCCCGAUUCGGCAGCAGCGCCAACGACCAAGACGAUGGCUCCGACACCGACGUGCUUGGCAGCAAGAGGACGUGCACAUGCAUGGAGGAAACGUGGAGCAUCGAGGAGGUCGACUUCAACAUCAUGGGCCUGUCCACGGAGUGCUUCUUGCCUCCGAGAGACCUGGUACCUUGCAGCUCUAAACCAGUGGAGAAAGAGCAUUGCGCUGGCCUUGACCACAGCUGCAAGAAAGAAGACGCGGUUGGUACCGUUCCUGCUACAAGUGCGGUCGUUGGUAGUUGCGACCCAGCUGCAGUCGACGUAAAGUACAAGAACAGUGAUGGCGGUGUCCGACCGCUGGCCACGGCGAGAAAGGCUCUUGUUCCGGCGGGAACAGGGCUAUCCUGGUUCGGGACUGCCAAGGUUGUGGCUGUCGACACCGCCGCCGAGUAAUUACUGUUACUAUGGGGUUGUGCAUAAGUACAUGUUGCGUAGUUGCGGAGGCGUGCGUUUGUUGCGCGCCCCGUCUGGCAGCUGGCGAGAACACCUUUAGUCUUAGUUUCAUCUUGCUCUGCAUAGUGCACAGUAGGAUAUAUAUUGAACCCGUAGACUUUUCCUUCACCGGA